UUCUAGCGCGCGCAACACUACACACCCUUCCCACAUCAAAAUCAGAUGUUCGCGCGCGCGCCAUGACAGUGUUCUCUUGAGGCCAUUGACGUCGAAAGUAUUUAGAGCGUUAUUCAUCGUUAAAACAUUCGUCAUUGUACAUUUUUUAUUCGUCUCGUGCAAAAGUAAAUCAUUCAAGCUGGCGAUCAACAAUUGGUGGAGGGAGCCGGAUAUGGGAGGUGAAUUUUUCCUUAUGAUGAUGAUGUAUAAAAUUUCAGGGGAGCGCGAGGGCUGCGCCGCAUCACGGAUGUGGCGCAGUGCUUGCGGUACAUUGGUUUGUCCAGGGGCCGAUGAAGCAUGGAAACAGAUUGUUGAUACCUCGGCUUCAGAUUCAGUGUGGCAUUCGUUGAGGAACUGUGUCGCAUAUCAGGCAGGAGUAUGGCAAAAUCUCCUCAUAAAAGGAAUUCCGGAUGUGAUGCAUUCUGCCGCUUUCAAGCUUGCGAUAGUGCUACGGCAUACACCAUCUGAGCUCACUGUGGGUCUACUGGCAGAUAUGUUGCAUUUACAUCCACAGUCUCAAGAUUUAACAGCUUACGUUUUAGCUUUACUAACUGACGAUGAAGCAUGGUGUGGAAGUUGUGGUGCUAGUGCUGGUAUACCAGGUGUAGCUGGGGGUAUGGGUGGUGGCGCGCCUCUCCGCGAUUUACAACUUUUUGGUGACUGCGAGUUAGCCGUGCUUGCUUCUUCACGUGAGGAGUAUGAUGCGCACGCCAAGUUGGUACGGGCCGAGUACAAUAACCUUACACAUCAUAACUAUGUGGAACUGCGCAUCAAGGUUCUUAAUCAAUUAGCCCAAAUUCCAAAAUUGUACCACACACCAGAGUUCGAGUGUUUUGAAGCUAUUGCGAGGGAGAACAUUGAGCGUGAAAUCUGUACUCUGCGAGAACAUCUGCAUAGUGAACCUCAUGAAUAACAUAGGUCACAAACUUAUAAUUUUGAUUAAUUUGCUGUUAGAUUUUAAAUUUGGACUUGAGAUCUAAAGUGACAAGAGUUCAGGACAUUCAUACCUGACUUAACAUGAAAAUCGUAAUAAUAAUAAAUUUUAUUAUUAAUACAUUCUCCAUUCCAUUGUGUUUGUUUGUGUUGCAAAUUAUAGGUGUAGUACGUAACAAUCCAACACGGAGUAAUUACUCAUAUGGGAUCUUGAUUUGUCCACUUUCUUUGUUUAUACUCGUACACCUACUUAAUUGUUGCUAACAAAAAUAUUUAAACAAUAUAGAUUAACUGUUUUAGAAAUGUUAAUAUUUUCUGUUUUUUAAUACUAUUAUAUUUGUUCAUUUUGUUUAAUUUGCACAUUUGUAUGCAAGCAAUUUUCUUGGACCAUUUUAAUAUUGACUGAUAGGAAAAAUAAAUAAUUACAAAUUAUUUUAAUAGAUACUAUAAUGAUAAAUGUAACUUUUUAUUUAUAAUAAAAUAAUAUGACUUAUUGAUUUGUAAUUGCUAGAGUAGUUCAGUUUUCUUCAAUGUUUAAUGUUAAAUUAGUGAUUACAAGGAAUUUGACAAUUCGAUUAUAACUAUGAAUACUUAAGUAGAUUAAAAGAUUUUGUUUAAAUGUUCACAUUUACGUUUUCAUUGAUAUAAAAAUAAUUAAUGUAGAUAGGUGUACAGAAAAGUGGAAGUAAGUGGUUUCAGUUGUUUUAACACAACGGCAAUCUCAUAUAAAAAUAAUGUGAAAAUUUGACAAAGGCUAUUAUUGCGAGUGCUUAUGAUUAACAUUGUAUGAUUAUGUAUUUUAAAAGUAAUGCAAUAAAAUAAUAAACUUAAAAAAUGCAGCCUUUUUG